UCAACUUUCUGAUGAAGUGUACUGCUAUAACAGCACUGGCUAUAGCUAGCAUAGCGCAUGCCUUCCCAAGCUCUCCUGAGGAGCUCGCAGCGCGUGGUGUUCUUCAAGGUGCUAAAUUCCACGCACUUCAUUCAAGAGAUGAAGGUGAAUUAUCUUACGAGCCAUAUAACACUACGUGUGAAAUUAGGAAUGGAUUCAUUAGAACUGGACAGGAGUUAUCUUCUAAUGAAACUGACUACAUUAACGCACGUAUGGAUAAGAUUAUAGAUCCGCUCAGGAACUGGCUUGACGGCGCCAAUUUAAGCUAUGAUAUUGAGCAGCUCACAAACAACGCAACCAACGCACCUAAGCUCGGUUUGGCAAUUUCCGGUGGUGGUUACCGUAGUAUGCUUGGUGGCGCAGGUUUCAUAAGUGCCUUAGACAAUCGUAACACUAGUCUUGACUUCGAAACUGCUGGUUUACUCCAAUCUGCCGCUUAUAUGACCGGUCUUUCUGGUGGUUCAUGGGCGGUCAGUGGAUUUGCAGCACAAGACAUGACUCCAUUUUGGCAAUUGAAUGAUGAUGUUUGGAAACUAGACGAAAAUAUCUUCUGGCCUGGUAUUCUUGACGCUUACACUUACUUCAAGGAAAUUUUUGAGGACGUAGCUGCCAAGAAGCACGUCUACCCUGAAGACAGUUUCCAAACCCAAAUCACCGACUUCUGGGGACGUGCACUCUCCUACCACCUUCUUGCUGAGCCUGAGGAAAAGUUCCCAGGUUACGGCCGUAACACAACCUUCAGCAGUGCCAUCACAGGAGCUAGCACUUUCCAAAGUCAUGAAAUGCCAUAUCCAAUUGUUUUGGCAGUCGAACGUCAGCCUAAUCAACUUAUCAUAGGCCAAAACGCCAGUAUUUGGGAGAUGUCACCUUACGAAUGGGGUACAUUUGGUCCAUUAGGUGGUGGAAAUGCACAAGACUCACCAAAUGGCUUUAUUCCAAUUGAAUGGGCCGGUACUUCUAUUGUAAACGAUGAAGUUAACACAACAGACUGUGUUAAAGGAUUGGACAAUUUCGGUUUUGUUAUUGGUUCAUCCGCAACUUUGUUCUCUGCUGGUGUACAACAAGCCAAUGCAUCGAUCACAGGUUUCGAUGUUUUCCAAAGAGCACUCAGAGAUAUCCUUGGUGAUUUCUCUGAGUCUAUGGAUGAUGUUGCCCUUUGGAAAAAUCCGUUCUAUGGUUGGGAAAACGAUACGAACAAGAUAGCUCAGGAAACCAACGUUGUUUUGGUCGACGGAGGACUUAAUGACGAAAACUUGCGUUUAGACCCUCACUUGAAAAAAGAGCGUCAAGUUGAUCUAGUCUUAGCAUACGACGGCUCUGCCGAUACUACUUACAGCUGGCCUAACGGUACUAGUUUGUACGCUACCUACAACAGAACUAUUCAUAACGAUAGUGGACGCUCAAUGGCCAAUGUACCAACGCCAGAUCAGAUCGUCGCACAAGGUUUGAACACUCGUCCAACAUUCUUUGGAUGUAACGCUACAGAUGUUACUAAUUACGAUGAAGCUAACAAAGCACCUAUAAUUGCGUACAUUCCAGCAUAUCCGUAUGUAUAUCCAGCAAACACAUCAACUUUCAAGUUGGCAUACGAAGCGGAAGAAUCAGCAGGUAUGAUCGCAAACGGUGAGGCUGCAAUGUCUCUCAACGGUUUAGUUAAUGAUGGUGAAUGGAAGAGGUGUCUUGCUUGCGCGCUCGUAGAUAGAUCAAGAGAGCGUAAUAACAUUGACAGAAGCCCAGAAUGUCAAUCAUGCUUCAAUGAUUGGUGUUGGAAUGGUGAUCAAGUUGACACUGCUGAUGUACCAGAGUACGAACCGGAGAUCAAUAGUGUUCCUCAAUUCGUUCAAGACAGAUCAGACGGCAGUGCAUUAAUUCAACCAUACGAAUCUGGAGCUGUAUCAGGACUUUACUCGGCUACAGCUUUACUUGCUGUCACCUCACUUGUUGGUGCAUUCCUUUUCUAGAUUCUAAUAAAUCAACAUUUGGAUUUUAAGUAUUUUCACUUUUACUAUAUAUUUUGUAGCUUAAUACAUUUAUACAUCUCAGAA